CGUAUACCGCUUCUACUAUGAUAUUCGGAAUCAGCAUCAGCGAUUACAUAUGUCUAUAGAUCUUUUGAGCAAAAAGAGAGGGAAUACUAGAGAAUCUUCCCCUGUGUGUCCAGCUACAGUUUCAUGGUGAAAACACGAGAUGAUUGAAUGAUCUUUUGAAGUCAGUGAGCAGGAGUAGGAACGUUUUUUAUUGCAGUAAUCAGUUCAACGUCACUGAUACCAAAGUGACUUCAAACAUCGCAUGAAUUCAACGUCGGUAAUACAUCAGAGUAGUCAUCAAUCGUUUUAUUUAUCAGUUAAUCUUGGUUCAUGUGACCGCAAAUGCUUUUCUUUCUCUAGUGGUGGAAAUUUAAGAAAAUUAAGUGCUGCUGUAGCAUUCAUGGCAAAUCCACAAGUGGUAUUUUUGGACGAACCAACCACAGGUUUGGAUGCUGUAGGAAAACGUAAAUUAUGGGGAAUAAUUAGAGCUGGUCGAAAUGAAGGACUAACUGUUAUAUUGACCAGUCAUAGCAGAAUGGAAGAAUGCGAAGCAUUAUGUACACGAAUUGGCAUUGUUAUCGAAGGUCAAUUUCGAUGUAUUGGGGAAUUGAAUCAUCUACGUAAUAAAUUUGGUCAAUAUUUCGGCAAAGGCUACAUGGUUCAGGUUAAUGUUGAAGAGGAAAAUUUGGAAGAACUUCAACAGAAUUUAACACAAGAAUUUCCGGGAAUUGAAAUGGAAGUUCUUCAAAAUGGUGUUUUAUCAUGUAAUAUUCCGUUGAAUACAAAGGAUAUUGAAUAUAACCUGGCUGACAUUUUCAAAUUAUUUUAUGGUAAAAAAUUAGCAAAAACCAUUCGCAGUUAUUCCAUAUCACAAACCACAUUGGAACAGAUUUUUGUUCUCUUAGCCAAAGAACAUGAAGAUCGAAAUAGAAGAAAAUCAUCAAUUAUUAGUCUCGGUGUUCCUAUUCGUAUGAACCAGACUUCAGCUAAAAGUAUACAAAUCGGAGUGAGUGCAAGACAAAAAUCGGGUGAAACGGGAAAAAUAAGUCGACAGACAACAAUUGAUAGUAAUCACAAUGAGAAAGUUCAUGCAGCGGACAUUGAAGAAAAAACUACAUUAUGA